UCCUCUUGAGUUUACAGUUCAUGCCUCAAUGUCUGCAGAAGCCAGAGGGUCUUCCAAAUUAUCCUAUUAUUUUGGACAAGGCGAAUGAAUGUCAACUGCCCAUGUGUCCAGUGGAUUGGCCAACAAAGUCCAGAGGCCAAAAAUCUGGCUGUAAGAAAAGGCGUCAAGCACCUGGAUGCAAAAGAAUCAGUGUGCAGUUGGACUGUGAUGUGGAGCUAAAUAGAUCUGCAAAUGCUUGGAAGCCUGGUCUGAAGUUGGCCGUUGAGGAUCCAGAGGCCCAGAAAACUGAGGAACUCCUGCGUAAGUUCCGGAGCCUCCUCAACAAAAUGACUCCAGAAAAAUUUGACCAGCUGAUGAUGAAGCUGACCGACCUCCAUCCAUCCAUCGACACAGAGGAGCGACUGACGAGUGUCACAGAGCUGGUGUUUGAAAAAUCCAUCAGCGAACCAAGCUUCUCUGGCACAUACGCCAGUAUGUGUCUCUCUCUGGCCCCGUGGAAAACACAAAUGACUGGUCAACCAAAGAUGAAGGUCAGUUUCAAGGCCCUGCUCGUUUGUUGUUGUUGGAAGGAGUUUUUGUAUAAUGACAAGCCCUUGGCCCUGAAACAAAAAGAAAUGGAGGCAGCUUCAUCAGCUGGCGAACAGGAAAGGCUGAAGGAAGAGUUAAAAGAGGCAAAGAACAAGACCCACAGACGCUCAAUGGGAACCAUCUGCUUCAUGGGUGAGCUGUUUAAACAGGGGAUGCUUACAGAGGAUAAUAUGCAUGAGUGCAUAUUGAAGUUGGUCAAACAGCAUGACGAGGGGUCACUUGAACAACUCUGUAAGCUGCUCAGUUCUGUGGGCCAAGACCUGGAUGCUGAAAAAGCAAAGUCAAAAAUGGAUGGAUACUUCAGCCAGUUGGAGCAAAUGGUCGUGGAGCGAAAAACAACAUCACGCAUUCGCUUCAUGAUCCAUGACAUUAUUGACCUGCGACUGAACAACUGGGUGUCUCGGAGAAGUGCUCUGGGUCCCAGGACUCUUCAGCAGGUCCAUGAGGAGGCCAAAAAGCAAGAGCAGGUGGAAAAGAAGGCCCUUCAUAGGAUGAGAAAAGUGGUGCAGAGAGAGGAGACCUGGAGCUCUGUGUAUUCGUUGGACAACAACAAGACCACAUUGGUCAAUGAUGUUCCCAGGACUUCCAAGAUUGCUAGCUUAUGCAGCUCAGAGGCAGCAGGCCUCUCUCCUGAACCCUCAACACUGAAACCAGAGAACUCAGAGGAGCCCUCCGAACAAGAAUCAGAGGAGGCUUCCACACCAGCAACAGAGGAGCCCUCCGCACCACAACCAGAGGAGCCUUCCGCACCAGAACCAGAGGAACCCUCCCCACAGCAACCAGAGGAGCCCUCCACACAAGAACUAGAGAAGCCCUCUGUACUACAACCAGAGGAGCUCCGCGAGAAUGCAGCUGUAGAGGCAGAACACCUCUCUGGAGCCUUACCUGAGCCCUCAGGUUUAAGCAUGUCCAAUUCCCCUGCCCAGCCUGAGAUGACAGCAGUAGAGGCAGCAGAACCUACAAGCCCCUCUGUGCCGAUCACACCACCAUCUGCAGAGAGCAAGAGGAAAUAUGAUAGAGAUUUCCUCUUGAGUUUACAGUUCAUGCCUCAAUGUCUGCAGAAGCCAGAGGGUCUUCCAAAUUAUCCUAUUAUUUUGGACAAGGUGAAUGAACUUCAACUGCCCAUGUGUCCAGCUAAGUCCAGAGGCAAGAAAUCUGGCUGUAAGAAAAGGCGUCAAGCACCUGGAUGCAAAAGAAUCAGUGUGCAGCUGGACUGUGAUGUGGAGCUAAAUAGAUCUGCAAAUGCAUGGAAGCCUGGUCUGAAGUUGGCCGUUGAGGAUCCAGAGGCCCAGAAAACUGAGGAACUCCUGCGUAAGUUCCGGAGCCUCCUCAACAAAAUGACUCCAGAAAAAUUUGACCAGCUGAUGAUGAAGCUGACUGACCUCCAUCCAUCCAUCGACACAGAGGAGCGACUGACGAGUGUCACAGAGCUGGUGUUUGAAAAAUCCAUCAGCGAACCAAGCUUCUCUGGCACAUACGCCAGUAUGUGUCUCUCUCUGGCCCCAUGGAAAACACAAAUGACUGGUCAACCAAAGAUGAAGGUCAGUUUCAAGGCCCUGCUGGUUCGUUAUUGUUGGAAGGAGUUUUUGUAUAAUGACAAGCCCUUGGCCCUGAAACAAAAAGAAAUGGAGGCAGCUUCAUCAGCUGGCGAACAGGAAAGGCUGAAGGAAGAGUUAAAAGAGGCAAAGAACAAGGCCCACAGACGCUCAAUGGGAACCAUCUGCUUCAUGGGUGAGCUGUUUAAACAGGGGAUGCUUACAGAGGACAAUAUGCAUGAGUGCAUAUUGAAGUUGGUCAAACAGCAUGACGAGGGGUCACUUGAACAACUCUGUAAGCUGCUCAGUUCUGUGGGCAAAGACCUGGAUGCUGAAAAAGCAAAGUCAAAAAUGGAUGGAUACUUCAGCCAGUUGGAGCAAAUGGUCGUGGAGCGUAAAACAACAUCACGCAUUCGCUUCAUGAUCCAUGACAUUAUGGACCUACGACUGAACAACUGGGUGUCUCGGAGAAGUGCUCUGGGUCCCAGGACUCUUCAGCAGGUCCAUGAGGAGGCCAAAAAGGAAGAGCAGGUGGAAAAGAAGGCCCUUCAUAGGAUGAGAAAAGUGGUGCAGAGAGAGGAGACCUGGAGCUCUGUGUAUUCGUUGGACAACAACAGGACCACAGUGGUCAAUGAUGUUCCCAGGACUUCCCAGAUUGCUACUUUUUUGAGCUCAGAGGCAGAAGGCCUCUCUCCUGAACCCUCAACACUGAAACCAGAGAACUCAGAGGAGCCCUCCGAACAAGAAUCAGAGGAGCCUUCGACACCAGCAACAGAGGAGCCCUCCAUAUCACAACCAAAAGAGCCCUCCACACCACAGCCAGAGGUGCCCUCCACCUCACAACCAGAGGAGCCCUCCACCUCACAACCAGAGGAGCCCUCCGCACCACAAUCAGAGGAGCCCUCCGCACCACAAUCAGAGGAGCCCUCCACACCACAAUCAGAGGAGCCCUCUGCACCACAAUCAGAGGAGCCCUCCGCACCACAAUCAGAGGAGCCCUCCGCACAACAACCAGAAGAGCCCUCCGCACCACAACCAGAGGAGCCCUCCAUACCAGCACUAGAGGAGCCCUCUGCACCAGCACUAGAGGAGCACUCUGCACCAGAAACAGAGGACCCCUCCAUACCAGCACCAGAGGAGCCCAUCACACAAAAACUAGAGGAGCCCUCCAUACCAGCACCAGAGGAGCUCUCUGCAUCAGAACCAGAGGACCCCUCCACACUACAACUAGGGGAGCCCUCCACACAAGAACUAGAGAAGCCCUCUGUAUCAGCACUAGAAGAGCCCUCCGUACUACAACCAGAGGAGAUCUCUGUACCACAAUCAGACGAGCCCUCCACACAAGAACUAGAGGAGCCCUCCGUACCAGCACUAGAAGAUCCCUCUGUGCUACAACCAGAGGAGCGCUCUGUACCACAAACAGAGGAGCCCUCUGUAUCACAAACAGAGGAGCCCUCUGUACCACAAACAGAGGAGUCCUCCACACAAGAACUAGAGCAGCCCUCCACAACACAAUCAGAGGGGCCCUCCACACAAGAACUAGAGGAGCCCUCCGCACCACAACCAGAGGAGCCCUCUGCACCAGAACCAGAGGAGCCCUCUGCACCAGAACCAGAGGAGCCCUCCACACCACAACCAGAGGAGCCCUCCGCACAAGAACUAGAGAAGCCCUCUGUAUUAGCUCUAGAAGAGCCCUCUGUACUACAACCAGAGGAGCUCUCUGUACCACAACCAGAGGAGCCCUCCACACAAGAACUAGAGGAGCCCUCCGUACCAGCACUAGAAGAUCCCUCUGUACUACAACCAGAGGAGCCCUUUGUACCACAAACAGAAGAGCCCCCCACACAUGAACUAGAGCAGCCCUCCACAACACAACCAGAGGAGCCUUCCACACAAGAACUAGGGAAGCCCUCCAUACCAGUACCAGAUUGUCUCUCCAUACCACAACUAGAGGAGCCCUCUACACAAGAACUAGAGGAGCCCUCUGUACCACAACCAGAGAAUCCCUCCGCACCACAACCAGAGGAGCCCUCCAUACCAGAACCAGAGGAGCCCUCCGCACCACAACCAGAGGGGCCCUCCACACAAGAACUAGAGAAGCCCUCUGUAUUAGCACUAGAAGAGCCCUCUGUACUACAACCAGAGGAGCUCUCUGUACCACAACCAGAGGAGCCCUCCACACAAGAACUAGAGGAGCCCUCCGUACCAGCACUAGAAGAUCCCUCUGUACUACAACCAGAGGAGUCCUGUGUACCACAAACAGAGGAGCCCUCCACACAAGAACUAGAGCAGCCCUCCACAACACAACCAGAGGAGCCCUCCGCACAAGAACUAGGGAAGCCCUCCAUACCAGUACCAGAUUGUCCCUCCAUACCACAACCGGAGGAGCCCCCUACACAAGAACUAGAGGAGCACUCUGUACCACAACAAGAGGAUCCCUCCGCACCACAACCAGAGGAGCCCUCUAUACCAGAACCAGAGGAGCCCUCCGCACCACAACCAGAGGGGCCCUCCAUACCAGAACCAGAGAAGCCCUCGGCACCAGAACCAGAGGAGUCAUCUGUACUAGCACCAGAGGAGCCCUCUGCAGCAGAACCAGAGGAGCCCUAUGUACCAGCACCAGAGGAGCCCUUAACAGCUCAGUCAAAUGAGCCCUGCUCACAAGAACUAGAGGGCUCAGAAGAACGGGUAGAACAACCAUCAAUACCCUUAGCUGAGCCCUCAACAAAAGCACCAGAGGUCUCAGAGCUUGCUAAGAGUUUUUCCACAUCAUCCACCCAGACUGAAGGAAACUAUGAGGAAGAAGAAAAUGGGAGGAGCUGUAACUGUAGGAAUAGGAAGUGGAAUUGUGUAAUAGACCAGCUUACAGUGGGGGUGGUGAUAAUCAAAGCCAUUUCCUUUAUUUUAAAGGCAAUAUUUUUUUAGUGAACAUUUAAUGGUGCAUUGUAUAAAAAAUUAUAA